CAGCCUGGCCCACACACACAGCCUGCAAGGACUCGAGCUUGGAAGUGCUCUACCAGAGUUGUGAAAUGCUCCUAAAAUAUACAUCUACAGUGACCAUCACAUUUAUUGGUGAUCACUGAAAGCAAUCCCUUUAAAACUAAGAAUGAGACAAGAAUGUCCAUCAUCACAUCUAUUCAACAUUGUACCGAAGACCCUAGCCAGCAUAAUCCAUUACAAGAUUUUGGCUUUUCUAUUGACCAGUGUUCCCAACACUUAAAAUCAAAUAUCAACAUUAGAUUUGGAAUCAUUCUGAGAGAGGACAUCAAAGGGUUGUUUCUUGAUGCAAGUCUCCUGACGGGAGGAGUGUCCGUUUUGAAUUACUCCUAUCCCAUCUGUGAAGAGGAGCUUCCCAAGUUUUCUUUCUGUGGAAGAAGGAAAGGGGAGCAGAUUUAUUAUGCUGGCCCUGCCAGUAAUCUUGGAUUUGAUAUUCCCAAGGGAGACUACCAGGUUUUGGUGAAACUGUAUAAUGAAAACCAUUCCAUGGUGGCCUGUGCCAAUGCUACCAUCAUUUGCUCCUGAGCAGCUCAAAAGCACAGCAGCCUUGUCAUGUGGAAAUUCCAGGCAUUUCCAACUGAACCUACCGUGUAAGCAGAACCUCUACGAGAAGGCUUGCUGAAGGCACAGGCGCUGACGUAGCCCAGCACCAGGGGCCCCAGUCUCCACACGUGGAAUGAAGCUCCCGAAAUCACCUGCUUCUAAGGAGCCUCCUGGUAGUCACUCAGCAGUCCUGAGGGCCCGUCCUUCUGUAAGUGGGCGCCUCACACCAGAUGCCCUGCUUUGCAGCUCCCUAGGAGUACUUCCUCAGGUACCAGAAUAAAGAAAGCUGGCUCACAGUCGAUCAUGGUUCUUC